UUUAUUUACACUAAUGCAGUAACCUGUGGUUCAAUAAUCAAGUUAGUAAAUACAGAUUAUGAUGUGCGUCUACACUCCCAUGAUGUCAAUUAUGGAUCCGGAAGCGGACAACAGUCAGUCACAGGUUUGAAGGAUGUCACAGAUGCUGGAAGUUAUUGGCAGGAUAAAAACACUGAUUACUGUCGAGGUCUUCCCAUCAAAUGCGGCCAAAUUAUUCGUCUUACUCACUUGUCUUCGAAGAAGAAUCUUCAUAGCCAUCACUUCCAGUCGCCCCUUUCCCGUAAUUUUGAAGUUUCAGCCUUUGGACAAAAUGGCAUUGGGGAUGAAGGUGACUAUUCUUCUUUUUUAUCACAAUCUGUGAUAACUGGGAAAUCAUUUGGUAUGCUCGUUAUGCUGGCUGACAACUGUUUUUAUUAUGUUAGAUAUUUGCACGUGAGUGGUAGCACCUUCAGCCAUCCUAUUCCUGGUCAUUUUGAAAUUUCCUCAUCCAAGUCAGUUUACGGCAGCUCCUGGAAAACAAAGGAAGGAGUUUUCAUCCAACCAUCAGAAGACAGUAAAACUCAGUACGAACCUAGACAUGAGGAUUUGUAA